UUUUUUUUUUUUUUGAUGGAGGGGGGUUACCACCCGCUCUGCCCCAGAUCACGUUUGCCACCCACAGCCGAACACUCUUGUCCAAGUCGGCGGGCAAGAGGCGAUUGGGGACGAGCAAGCUCGACACCUCAGGCCCAGUCCGGUCCUCACCGGCCGGAGGCGAAAUACCCUGCCUCCCAGGCCACCUCCCCUCGUGGAAUCGGAGCGGCGGCCUCGCAGGAAGGCAGAAGCGAAAUGUAGCGAGCCGGGUGUCGCGGUUGGACGCUCGCCUUGGCUGGGGGUGUAGCGGGGCACUCGCGGGGGCUCGAGGAGGACGGCUGAGGGAGAGGAGUGAUGAGAAGAGGGGGUACCCUGCAUCCCCCGAUUCCGCGGGCCCCUGCUACCACUCUCCAGGCGCCCUUUCUCCCCAGCGAGGCGCAGGUGUUCCACUCCGGUUCUUGUGACUUUAAGGACCAGGCAACUGAGAAAGUACAAGAUCUUCUCAAGAAGGGACGACAUCUCUGGGAGAGAGGGGGAAGAUAGCAGAUACUGGGACCAGCUGAGACCAACCAAGGUGCUGUGGGAAGCUGAAGGCACCCAGCAGGAGUGGGAAGAAGCCCCGGCCUCGGCCUCAGAUCGAGGCUCCGUUCUGGACCAUCUGAACUCCGUUCAGCUUUUCACAAGAGGGGCUGCAGCGUCAGGCACUCCAGACUCAGGUUGAGCUCUGAGGAGCUGGCCACUGAGAACCAAAGAUUCCCCCUGGCCCUGCGCAGAGCUGCUGGGAGCAGGCACCCACACCCUGCUGCAUCUUGUGAGGACUUUGUUUCUUUCCAGCUCCCGGGCUGCACUGCUUGAUGGGGCUGUCUUUUGGUAGAGCAGUUUUUACAGUGCCCGGUAGGAGUGGAGAGCCGUGGGAAGAGGUCCUGCGGCACUCAAGCCUGGGUUCACCCCAAGACUAAGCUCUUUCCCAAGUCAGAGUCGGAGAGAGAAAGAAAAAUAAAUAAAUUCUCCCCUCCUCUCCUCCCUGCCUGUCAUGUCCUCUAAGCCAGAGCCAAAGGACAUCCACCAGCCGAACGGUACUGGCCCUACUCCCUCUCCUUGUUCUUCGGAUGGCCCUGGGCGAGAGCCCUUGGCUGGGACCUCAGAGUUCCUGGGGCCUGAUGGGGCUGGGGUGGAAGUGGUAGUGAUUGAGUCUCGAGCUAACGCCAAGGGAGUUCGGGAGGAGGACGCACUGCUGGAGAACGGGAGCCAGAGCAAUGAGAGCGACGAUGUCAGCACAGACCGGGUCCCUGCACCACCCUCCCCGCUCAAGGAGACCUCCUUUUCCAUUGGACUGCAAGUGCUGUUCCCCUUCCUCCUGGCAGGCUUUGGGACUGUGGCCGCUGGCAUGGUGCUGGACAUUGUGCAGCACUGGGAGGUCUUCCAGAAGGUGACAGAGGUCUUCAUCCUGGUGCCUGCACUGCUGGGGCUCAAAGGGAACUUGGAAAUGACCCUGGCAUCGAGGCUGUCCACUGCAGCCAACAUCGGACAAAUGGACACACCUAAGGAGCUCUGGCGGAUGAUCACGGGGAAUAUGGCCCUUAUCCAGGUACAGGCCACAGUGGUGGGCUUCCUGGCAUCCAUCGCAGCCGUCGUCUUUGGCUGGAUCCCUGAUGGCCACUUUAGCAUCCCACACGCCUUCCUGCUAUGUGCCAGCAGUGUGGCUACAGCCUUCAUUGCCUCCUUGGUCCUGGGUAUGAUCAUGAUCGGAGUCAUCAUUGGAUCUCGAAGGAUUGGGAUCAACCCAGACAACGUGGCCACUCCCAUCGCCGCCAGCCUGGGUGACCUCAUCACCUUGGCACUCCUCUCAGGCAUCAGCUGGGGACUCUACCUGGAACUGACGCACUGGCGAUACAUCUACCCCCUGGUGUGUGCCUUCUUUGUGGCCCUGCUGCCUGUCUGGGUGGUGCUGGCCCGAAGAAGCCCAGCCACAAGGGAGGUGCUGUAUUCAGGCUGGGAGCCCGUCAUCAUUGCCAUGGCCAUCAGCAGUGUGGGAGGCCUCAUCUUGGACAAGACUGUCUCGGACCCCAACUUUGCAGGAAUGGCUGUCUUCACACCUGUGAUUAAUGGUGUCGGGGGCAAUCUGGUGGCUGUGCAGGCCAGCCGCAUCUCCACCUUCCUCCACAUGAACGGCAUGCCAGGGGAGAACUCUGAGCCAACCCCUCGCCGCUGCCCCAGUCCGUGUACCACCUUCUUCAGCCCUGACGUGAAUUCACGCUCAGCCCGGGUCCUCUUCCUCCUUGUGGUCCCAGGACACCUGGUGUUCCUCUACACCAUCAGCUGUAUGCAGGGCGGGCACACCACCCUCACCCUCAUCUUCAUCAUCUUCUACAUGACAGCUGCACUGCUCCAGGUGCUGAUUCUCCUGUACAUCGCAGACUGGAUGGUGAACUGGAUGUGGGGCCGGGGCCUGGACCCCGACAACUUCUCCAUCCCAUACUUGACUGCUUUGGGGGACCUGCUUGGCACCGGACUCCUGGCUCUCAGCUUCCAUGUUCUCUGGCUCAUUGGGGACAGAGACACAGAUGUUGGGGACUAGCUUAGCCACUCAGCCCUUCCCCCACCCCUCUGCACUUUCUAUUUGGAUUUUUUUUCCUUUUGUUUCCCUACCCCACCGUCCCUACACUCCCACGUCUUUCUGGGAUUUCACUUUGAUACCAAAUUCUCAUUAUUUUCAAUGGGAAUUUUUAUACAUUGAGCCAAGUUUAGAUAAGAAUUCGGGAAGGACAGAUGGGCUGACAUAAGCAGUAAAAGUAGACUUUCGAGACAAUCACCAAGUGCAAUUCCACGGUGGGUGCCUCCGGAGGAGGUAGACUGGGACCUUGGCAUUCUGUCCAGCACCCGGGGACCUUCACAUUAGCUUUAGGAACCUCGGCUUGGCCCUGAUGAGAAACUCUGUCCAAGUGGGCUCUGGGUUGUUUUGGGUUUGGUUGAACAGAGGGAGGAGGGAUAAUUAACACCCCUUCGCAUGCACGUGCUUUUAUAGAGAUGGACCAACCUCACAGCGCUGGGCAGGAGAAAGUCGCUUCAGCUUCUUGUAAUCACAGCCCUGUCCCAGGCCAACCUCCCCGCAGAGUCAGGUGAACUGAGGGUUCCGUCUGCACACAUGGGCCUUGCCCAACUGCCUGAUUGCUUUCCAGCUGAAUGAGUGGUGGCCUGGGCUCUUCACCGAUCCACAUCAUGCAUAGGUUUCCAGAGGUCCGCGUGCCCCCUGAGUCUAGAGAACCAAGUUCAAGCCUCUCUUCAUUCUCUCCACACACUCCAUCUCCGUGCAGCUUGCCAGAUGGGCUUCUAGGACUGGGGACAGGGAAGGUGGCAAACGACCUGGAGACUGAUGCAACCUGGGGUAUCUCACUGCUUCUCAUGAUGUAACUACAUGGUCAGUCUUGGCCUCUGUCACUUGCUGAACGCACUCAUUCUAUCACACCAGGGCUCCCUCUGCCCUUUCCCUUGGCUUCUGCCCACAGACGCACAUCAACCAUUCACUCAUUCAGCAAAUCUCAGCCUCCCCCAGAUGAGCCUUUUCCACACCACCAGCUGAUCCAGCAGUUAUUACAGGGUGCAGGGCAUUGACUAGCCAGUGCUAAGGGGAUCACAGCUCUACAUUCACCUCAUUCCCUAGGUUACAGAGGCCAUGUGCCCCUUCAACCUGGCAGUAAACAUACCCUCUUUAGGCCCUAAUUCCUUAAUUCUUCAGUGAUUGCCAGCCCCACUGCUCAAGCAGUAUCAUGUCCUCAAAUACCCUCCCUCAGCUCCUCACCUCCCCCCACCUCACUGCACGCUCAGGAGAAGGCUUAGAAUUAGCAAGCUGGAUAAGAAUUGGCUGCCUCAGCAUCUGCCUUGUCUGUGAUGAGAAGAAAACCAGAGCCCCUUCCCCACGCAUGCCCCAAACCACUCAACAACUGGGAUGCGGCUUUUUUUUCUGGCCUGUUUGUCAGGAGCCCACAAAUUCCUCCCCAUGUGUAGUCUAAAGGCUCAGCCUCCGAGGAAAGGAUUAAACAGUGUCCUUUGUCUACCAAUACUGUGCCUAGACCUAGAGACUCUUGGCCUUGUCGUCGCCUCCCUCCCCCAACUCCCGUCACCUGAAAUCAGAACCUUAGAAUUGGACAGAAUCAUAGGGGUUAUCUAGUUGGAGUUGUGUCAAGCAGAUCAGUAUGGAUCUGGGCUUGUUUCUGCUCUUCCCUCUGGCCUAACUCCACCUCAAAACUCAAGACUCGUGUAGAGGCAUCAUACCCUCAGACUGACCCCAGAGUCCCCAGCCACUUGCCCUAUCCUGACAUCCGGAGUUGGAUCAGGUUGCCUGGAGACUGAAGCAUCCUUCUUCCUUUGCCCAGAAAACAGAAAGGUAGGCACACCCAGGCUCAGCGUGUGUUGAGUAGAGGGGCCUGGAGUGACAGGAGAGUGACUUCAGGAGAAGAUUCAUUUCUUCCCGCUGGGUUGCACCUGUCGCAUGUACUUUUGGCCUGACUGGAAGAAACAACAUUGGUUUACUUUCACAUCCCUCAAAAGCUACAGAACUGUGUCUUAAGAGAAUUAUUUAUAGUUACUAUAACUGAAUUGACAAAUGUCGACUUAACUGAUAAAUUAUAUUUGGUAAAAUAAAAUGGAAGUUUAUUUCAA